AUGUCUGUUCGAGCAGACCAGCGCAGCAACUCUCCCGCGGCGAACAACCUGUCCAUUGACAACCAUCCGCUAGGUACUCGUGCAGGAACUGUCAUCUCACACGGCACCCGGUCUCCUGACAAAAGACGACGCAUAUCCACCCCCAUGUCCGUUACUUCUCUUAUUCAAUCAGGUCUGCACAAAAGUGCUGCCUCUGAUCCCCCUGCGUUCCGGCCCCCAGCAGGUUCGUCGGCGGCCACUUUCUCAGAUAACCAUGCUGCAGACUCAGAGGCACUCAUAUCAGAUGAUAGUGUCGGUUAUCCAUCCCCAGCCAACUUCAGUAGAGCACACCAAUACCGAAGAACCUACCCCCAUCGUGCUUCGUUCAGGUCUACGGCUAGUACCGACGGAUUUCGGGAAUCUUUCAGCAUUGCUACAGUCGUCAAUGGCUCGUCGCCCGACCUCCUUCAAAGAGCUCCAACCGAGGAUUGUUGUUACAGAUUUCUUGAUCCAGUCUUGCCUUAUAUACGAAACAUACUUCCAGCUUCAGUAGCAUGCGAGCUGCUCGAUAUUUUCCUCACAGAUCCUGGAAGCUCACUCUUCCGCGGUGCCUCGCCGUACAUCCUCACUCGCAUAUUCCGCAAAAAAUCUGUUCUCCAUCCAACCAACCCGAGAUAUGCUACUCCUGCGCUUCUGGCAACAAUAUUAUGGUGUGUUGCACAAACGGCGGAUGUUAUGCUUCUCCACGUACCUGGGACGCGUGCAAAGGUAGUGAAUGACUUGUACGAUCUGGCUAUAUCCUUGAUUUCUGAACGGGAUCCAGAUCGCUGGCGUCGAAUCCAUGGUGGUUUAAGAGCCGAAAACGAGAUGCCCAUUCCCGGGUGGACCAACUGCGCAUCUGUUCCAACAACCACAGCGGCAAACGAGCCAGCUGGGGGUGUGGACGAUGUCCUUACUUUUAUCCUGUUAUCUAUCGCCGUUUCCGGUAGCGAUUUCAAGUCUGACUGUUACAAGUGGUGGUCGAAAGCUGUAAGGCUAACUCUCUCCCUGCAAUUGAAUCGAGAGGACGAGCGGUGCCAGGCUUCAGUCUCGCCAUGUGCGAACCCUCUGUGCUCCUGCCACAGGGAUCGCUCUGAUGCGACCUACGUUGAGUUUGAGCGGCGAGAGGAACGAAGGCGAGUAUUUUGGCUACUCUACAGUCUCGACAGACAUUUGAGCCUGUCUUUCAACACGGUCCUCUCCAUGCCAGAUUCGUAUUGUGAGGUCUACACUCCGCUUUCGGAACGUAUUUGGGAAAAUUUAGACGCCAUCCCGCCUCGGGACCUCCCUGCGAGAACCAUGGGCCCUCCGGUUCUUGCAACAGGGACUGGAUACCUCGAAUACUUUCUUCCUCUCAUGGCCAUCCUCGGUGACAUUAUUGAGAUUCAUCAUCGACGACGACACCCUCGGCUUAGUCAACAAGGCGACGCAUACUCCAUAUCCGUUGUACAACAUCUCUUGUCUGACUACGAGCUUAGUCUUAAUGCACUAGGCCGUAAUGCUGCUAUUGUCCCGCCAUCUACGGCAUUCCAGAUACCUGGGCAGGAUGGACGAGACUUGCUAAGCGACGUGCCAGGCCCCGGUUCUAACAUGUCAUCAUCGUCAUCAUCAUUAUACCAAGCAGACCAAUCCAAAGUUCGACUUGUUAUGGCUUAUAGCACCCACAUUCUACACGUCCUUCACGUCCUUUUACAUGGCAAAUGGGAUGCUAUUUCCAUGUUAGACGGUGGCGAUGACUGGAUCACUUCAGAACACUUCACCGAGUGCGCGUCGCAUGCCAUUUCUGCAUCCCAAUCCGUGUCGACCAUUCUCAACAUUGAUCCCGAGCUCACUUUCAUGUCCUACCUCUUCGGAAUUUACCUUCUUCAGGGUAGUUUUAUUCUGCUUCUCUUUGCGGACCGCAUGCCACAGCUUGGUCCCAACGAGUCCGUGGAACAAGCAUGCGAGAAUAUCAUCCGAGCCCAUGAAGUCUGUGUUGUUACAUUAAAUACUGAAUUUCAGGUACUUUAA